AUGAAUAUAAAUAACAAGGAGGGUAGUCCCGCGUUUUCAAGUAACGUAUUUAAACAAAAAAUCAAUCGUUGCAUCACGAGCGGUGGACGCGGCUCGGAGCCCGACGCCGCGGUGCGCGCGGGCGCCGGCGGCGGGGAGCAAGGUGCGUCAUCGCACGUUAUCACUAGCGAGCCGAGUGAUCAGUCGACGGGGCCAAUGCAAAAGCAAACUUAUGCGGGCGUCGCGAAGGUCCAUGACCCAAACGAAGGCUGGACGGUGGUGCAGAGGAAGUCGCAAAGAUCUAAAAACCGGCUCAUUGAUAUAAUUGCACUUCAAGAACACUGGUUGCUCCCGGAAGAAUUGUCUUUUCUUGACACUUUGUGCGAUGACUUCAGCGCCACGGGAGUGUCUGCGGUGGACACAUCGGCGGGUAUUCUACGUGGAAGACCUUAUGGAGGGGUCGCGCUGCUGUGGAGGCGUAGCGUCUUUCAAAAAGUGUCAGUGAUUCAGUGUAACAAUCGGCGCAUCUGUGCUAUAAAGGUAGUGUUACAUGAAAAAUCGUUUAUCGUGAUGAGUGUAUAUAUGCCUACGGAUGUGAUUGCUAACCUAGCGGAUUUCACGGACAUUCUAAGCUCGGUGAGUGCCAUUAUUGAGACCUACGGGGAAAGUUGUGUAUAUAUACUUGGGGACUACAAUGCGCACCCUUCGGAGCGCUUUUAUCAUAAACUUACUCAGUUCUGCAUAGAACGAGAAUGGAGCUGUAUAGAUGCGGAAGUGCUAGGUCCGAGGUCGAAUACCUAUACUUUUUUAAGCGAAGCACACGGGUCUAAGCGGUGGCUCGAUCACUGCCUAGUAACUAAAGCAGCGGCAGACUCCGUGCGCAAUGUGUCAGUUCUAUACGAUGUGUUGUGGUCGGAUCAUUUCCCUCUGGUAGUGGAAUGUAAUAUUGACGUUUUGAUACCUAAGAGAGCGGAUUGUAAUACUUAUUUAAAUGAGAUUUACUGGGGUGAGCGAAAUCAACAUCAAAUAGACACAUACCAGAGGGAAUGUCACGAGAGGCUGAGGAUGAUUAACUUCCCACAGGAGCUUCACGGUUGCUGUGAUCGUACAUGCAGUGACAUCAGGCAUAGAGAUGUAAUAACUCAGUUGUACAGCAACAUCGUUCAGGCCUUGAUAGAAUCGUCACUGGUAGGUCGAGAGAGCACUAGGCGCGUAAAAAGAAAGAAGGUCCUUGGUUGGAAUAAGCACGUAGCCGAAGCUCACGGGAUGGCCAGGCAAAAAUUUUUGUUAUGGUCGUGGUACGGUAAACCAACUUCGGGAAUUAUUUAUAGAGAAAUGUGUGAGGCUAGAAAAAUUUUCAAAUCUCGUUUGAAAUGGUGCCAAAACCAUGAAGAGCAAAUUAAGUUGGAUAUUCUAGCCUCGCAUCACUCAAAAAACGAUUUUCGCGGAUUUUGGAAACAUACAAAUAAAAUGAAUAACAAACCGUCACUGCCUGUGAGCGUUGGUGGCGUGUGUGAGCCAGACAAGAUUUCCGAUCUUUUCAUGGAGCACUUCGUAGUUAAAUCACCCCGGGGUCCUUCACAAACGAUGCUUGAUGUUGAGGCCAGUAUUGAAAUGGAAAUUCAAUUUAAGUGUAAAGACGUUGCUCACACAAUUAAGCAUAUGACCAGAGGAAAAUCUCCAGGUCAUGAUGGACUCAGCAUUGAGCAUCUACAGUAUGCUGGGCCACAUUUACCCAGAGUGCUCACAAUGCUCUAUAAUAUUUGUAUGAGCCACAGUUUUAUGCCUAGUGAGAUGAUGAGGACUAUAGUUGUACCUAUUGUGAAAAACAAAACCGGCGACUUAGCGGACAAAAACAACUAUAGGCCUAUCUCAUUGGCAACGGUCAUCUCGAAGGUGUUUGACAGCAUGCUUAAUAACCAACUGAAUAAGUUAUUUAGGCCACAUGACAACCAGUUUGGAUUUCAACCUGGAGUGUCGACGGAGAGCGCUGUGCUUGGUCUUAAGCAUGCUGUCACAUACUAUACGAAGCGUAAGACUCCAAUUUACGCCUGCUUUCUGGACCUAUCCAAGGCUUUUGACCUGGUAUCUUAUGAUAUCUUAUGGAGAAAACUGGAAGGAAUUAAAGUUCCACUGGAACUCAUCAAUAUUUUCAAAUAUUGGUAUGGAAACCAGGUCAACAGCGUGCGAUGGGCGGGCGUAUUAUCACGUCCGUAUCUGUUGGAGUGCGGGGUGAGGCAGGGGGGUUUGACUUCACCUACGCUCUUCAACCUAUAUGUGAACGAGUUGCUCGGCGAGCUCAGCAGCACCAGGACCGGCUGUUACAUAGAUGGGGUUUGUUUGAAUAACAUUAGCUACGCUGAUGACAUGGUGCUGGUGAGUGCGUCGGUUUGUGGCCUGAGAAAACUGUUGGCGAUUUGUGAAGCUUUUGUGGAAAAACACGGUCUUACUUAUAAUGUAAAGAAAAGUGUGGUAAUGGUCUUUGAGGCCAUGGGCAAAACACAGAAGAAAGUUCCACCCAUCUUUCUAAAUGGAAAUGCACUAGAAAGAGUGUAUCAAUAUAAAUAUCUAGGGCAUAUGUUGACCCCUGACCUCAAAGACGAUACUGACAUCGAGAGGGAACGGAGAGCAGUGUCAGUGAGAGCGAAUAUGCUGGCUCGCAGGUUUGCACGUUGUUCCACCAAUGUAAAGAUAACUUUGUUUAGAGCCUAUUGUACAUCUUUUUACACGUGCAACCUGUGGGUCAAGUACUCCACAAAAUCGUACAGCGCUCUCCGUGUCCAGUAUAACAAUGCCUUCAGGGUGCUGAUGGGGCUGCCCCGGUAUUGCAGCGCAUCAGGGAUGUUUGCGGCGGCGCAAGUUGAUUGUUUUUAUGCGACAAUGCGUAAAAGAUGCGGAUCCCUGGUGCGUAGAUUGCGGAGCAGUUCCAACAGCAUUCUGAAAUUGAUUGCCAGUCGAUUGGACUGUGUAUAUGUAAAUCAUUGCUGCGUCGUUUCUAAUGGAAUGGUGCAGCGAUGACCUACAUACUUAAUAAUUAGGUACUUAGUGUUUUUUAGGUUAAUUUACUAACAUAGAUAUAAGCUUUGUAUUACUAACAAUAUGAGUCUAUG